UAAAUAAUGAUCAAAUUUACAAAGUUAUAGCACAUAAUUUUUUGCAUAGCUCAUUUAGAGAUAUUGUGAUAGUUCUUAAUACGUUAAAAAGCGACAUAAUCACUUAAGAGUUAAGAGUAAGGAAGAAAAAGAGAAGAGAAAUAGAGCAAGAAUGGUUAUGGCAACUGAGUUGAAGCAUGUAUUUCACAUGAAUGGAGGGUCUGAUGAUACCAGUUACGCAAAAUCGUCGUACAUUCAGAAGCAGUUAUUAACAUUAACAAAACCAUUGAAAGAACAAGCUAUAAGGGAUUCAUAUUGCAAGAAUCUCCCAAAAACCAUGUGCAUAGCUGACUUGGGUUGUUCCUCCGCCGAGUCGAAUACCUUGAGUUUGAUCACUGAGCUUUUAGACACCAUCGAAAAGGCUCAUCGAGAGCACGGGAACGAGCCCCAAGAGUAUCAAGUCUACUUGAAUGAUCUUCCAGGGAAUGAUUUCAACACAAUCUUUAGGUCAUUGGGAAAAUUUGAAGAUAAGCUUAAGAAAAAAAUGGGAGAUGAUUUUGGACAUUGUUUUGUGAGUGGUGUACCUGGCUCUUUCUAUGGUAGACUUUUCCCAUCAAACCACCUACAUUUUGUGCACUCAUACAGUAUCCAUUGGUUGUCUCAGAUACCAAAAGGGAUAGAGAACAACAAGGAAAAUGUUUAUAUAUCAAGGACAAGCCCCUCCAAUGUGGUUAAAGCUUACUCUGACCAAUUUGAAAAUGAUUUUACGACGUUUUUAAGGCGUCGUUCUGAAGAAGUAGUAGCAGGAGGGAUGAUGGUGCUAACAAUGUUGGGAAGAAAAACUGAAGAGUUAUAUAGCAAGGAAUCAUGCUACAUGUAUGACCUUCUUGCUACAGCUCUCAAUAGUAUGGUGUUUGAGGGUUUAAUAGACGAAGAGAAGUUAAAUACAUACAACAUCCCUCAAUACCCUCCAUCAGCAGCAGAGUUGAGAAAUUUGGUGGAUAAACAAGGAUCUUUUAGUUUCGAUCAAGUUCAUGUUUGUGAAGUUAGUUGGGAAGCAAACGAAUGCUAUAAGUAUUCAUCAUCAAAGGAGUCCGAUCAUUACGACUUCUAUAAGUGCAUGAGAUCUGUGGUUGAGCCCUUACUAACAAGUCAUUUCGGCGAAACCAUCAUUGAAGAGAUUUUCAAGAGAUACAAGGACCUCAUUCAAAAUGCAAUGGCAUUAGAAAACAAUGUGUUCAUCAACGUUACGAUAUCCCUUACUAGAAAGGGAUAAUUAGUAAUUCCCAUCGAGAAAAUCUAAGUAUAUUUAAUUAUCUUUUGCACAAUGUACUUAUAAUAAAUUCGACUUUGAUAUUAAUGACUUAAUGUAUGUGAUAUUAGAGUUGUGGAUUAGCUUCUUGUAUGUGUUUGCCUUAUUGGAGUUCAUUCUAGCUAGUAUUUUCAAAUACUCCAUAUAUAUGUAUGAAAUUAAAUAAGCAAAAUAUUGUGUUUUAA